AUGUUAGACGAGGACGUGUUCCGAGUGAUAUGUAUAGAUAACAUCUGCCCUCAUCUCCACUUCACAGGGUCCAGGACACGGUUUGAAGACAGCGCACCUCGGAUUGUGGAGGACCCCUCGGAUUUGAUCGUCUCCAAGGGGGAGCCUGCCACCCUCAACUGCAAGGCAGAGGGCAGACCCCCUCCCAGUAUAGAGUGGUAUAAGGAUGGCGAGCGAGUGGAGACAGACAAAGAUGACCCCCGGUCUCACCGCAUGCUGCUGCCCAGCGGAUCACUCUUCUUCUUACGCAUCGUGCACGGACGCCGGAGCAAACCAGACGAGGGCGUCUACACCUGCGUGGCCCGCAACUACCUGGGAGAGGCCAUUAGUCGUAAUGCUUCACUGGAUGUUGCCAUCCUGAGAGAUGAUUUCCGGCAGGCCCCGAGCGAUGUGGUGGUGGCUGCUGGUGAGCCAGCGGUGUUGGAGUGUGUGCCUCCACGUGGUCACCCUGAGCCCACCGUGUCCUGGAAACGCAACAAUGCCCGAGUCAGCACCAAGGAUGACCGCAUCUCUAUCCAUGGGGGUAAACUGAUGAUCUCUCACACCAGGAAGAGCGAUGCUGGCAUGUAUGUUUGUGUGGGCAAUAAUAUGGUUGGAGAGAGGGACAGCGAUCCUGCAGAGUUGGUGGUAUACGAGCGCCCUGUGUUGGUACGGAGGCCGGUGAACCAGGUGGUCAUGGAGGAAGACACCGUCGACUUCCUGUGUGAAGUCCAUGGAGAUCCCCCUCCCACUGUCCGAUGGCGGCGAGAGGAAGGGGAGCUUCCCCGCGGGAGGUUUGAAAUCCGCAACGGCAACAGCCUCCAUUUGUUCCGUGUGAAAGAGGACGAUGAAGGGACGUAUACCUGCACAUCUGAGAACAGUGUGGGCAAGACGGAGGCCUCAGCCAUGUUGCAGGUCCACGUACCACCUCAGAUUGCCACGAAGCCCCGAGACCAGAUUGCCACCCAAGGGAGGAGCAUCACCUUCCAAUGCGGCACCACAGGAAACCCUCCACCUGCCAUCUUCUGGCAGAAAGAGGGCAGCCAGAUGUUGCUGUUCCCCGGCCAGCCACCAUCACAGUCUGGUCGUUACUCUGUCUCCAUGAGCGGAGAACUGACCAUCACUGAUGUCCACCCCGAGGACUCUGGUUUCUACAUCUGCCAGGCCAUCAGUGUGGCAGGAAGUGUGUUGACCAAGGCUCUGCUGGAGGUGGAGGGAGGUCCUUCAGGUCGUGUCCCACCGAUUAUUCGCCAAGGUCCGGCCAAUCAGACUGUAUCUCGGGGUGCGACGGUGCGGCUAGACUGUCGUGUAAACGGAGGGCCCUCAAUCAAGAUUUCAUGGGAGAAGGAUGGAGAGAGCCUUCUGGGAAAUAAACCUCGACUGAUCUUGAUGGAAAAUGGCACUUUGCAAAUCACAGACAUAAAGGAAGCAGACUCUGGGAUGUACACGUGCGAGGUAUCCAGCACCACAGGGGAGUCGAGCUGGAGUGGGAUGUUGACUGUCAGAGAAGAUGGAGUUUCCUCUGUAUCCAGAGCUUCUGAGUUCAUCCAGCUUCCGGGGCCUCCGCAGAAGCCGGUAGUGACGGAGGUGAACAAAAACACCGUCACCCUCACCUGGCAGUCCAACCCUCAUGAGGGAGGGGCCGCUGUUACCUCCUACAUCAUCGAGGCCUUCAGCCAAUCAGUGGGAAGCACCUGGCAAACGGUGGCAGACCAGGUGAAGCAGGAGAGGCACACCGUCGUGGGACUCUUCCCCAACACUGUUUAUCUCUUCAUAGUCAGAGCGGUCAACUCGUAUGGCCUCAGCGACCCCAGCCCGAUCUCUGAGCCCGUCAGGACGCAGGAUGGGAGUCCGACAGAACAGGGCGUGGACCACAGACAGGUGCAGAGAGAGUUAGGAGAGGUGUCUGUCUACCUGCAGAAGCCUGUGGUUCUCUCUCCUACCAGCGCCAGGAUUUCUUGGACUGUCGCCCUUCAAUCUCGCUACGUUCAGGGUUAUCGAAUAUUUUACCGGACUAUCGGCAGCUCCUGGUUGGUCCAGGAUGUGGAGGCCACAUCUGACCACAGCAUCAUCUUAGUAGAUCUGUACAGCAGUACAGAGUACGAGGUCAAGAUACGCCCUUACUUCAAUGAGUUACAGGGACAUGACGGCCUCAUGGUUCUUCUGCGCAUGCCUGAGGAGGUGUUAAGUGCACCACCACAGGCUGUUUCAGUGGUUCAGCUCACCAACAGCUCCAGUAUCAGUGUGUCCUGGGAGCCUCCGCCUCUUAAUACUCAGACCGGCAUCAUUCGAGAGUACAAGGUCUGGUGUCUGGGCAGCAGCACGGAGCGGGAAAACCAGAUCAACCGAACAGUGGAUGGAGCUGUUCUGUCCAUCUUGCUGACAGGCCUGUUGCCUGACGUCCGCUACUCCGUGGUGGUGGCAGCUGUCACCAGUCUGGGUGUGGGCGCUCAAAGCCCACCUGUCAGCCUGCUUCUCACUCUCCCUGUAGGCAAGACGCCUGUGAAGAAAGGCGGUAACCUUAGCAUAUCGGAGCAGAUCAUGAGCGUCGUCCGGCAGCCGGCCUUCAUCGCAGGUCUCGGUGUGGCUGCGUGGUUGGUGCUGACGGGCUUCAGCGGUUGGCUUUACUGUCGACACCGCAGGAGGAAGCAGCUGGGACACUACACCACAUCCUUUGCAUACACACCAGCAGCUGGCUUUGCUCACAGUGAAGGAUCUGAAAUCAUCAAUGGAGGGCCUGGCUUGUUAGGAUCCAACAUGGGCAACUACCCCUGGCUGGCUGACUCUUGGCCCAAUCCAAACCUCACUCAUAACAGCAAAGACUGCUGCUCUGGCAAACUGGACUCAGACAGAUAUUAUAACGCAGUCGGCAUCAUGAACUACCCAAACCAGUCCGAGAAGCGCAGCACGGCGUCCAACGACAGUCCCAUCUACAGCACCAUCAACACAGCCGCUGAGGAUGACCUGCUGGCAUACUACGACACCUACUCCAGUACGUCCUACAAUCAGGGACCGGACCCGUACAGCAGCAACCCAGUGCUGUCCAACGGUGGCCUUGUGGGUCUGGAGCUAGACCUGGACCAGUGGACCAUCCAGUCUGGUCAGUCUGGGUCUGAAUAUGCCAAGCUCCAGUAUACAAAGAAAAGCAACGACAAACUGGUAAAGCAGAGGUCCACUGGGUCCUCGUCCCGGUCAGCUCCUCUCACCUGGGUGGAUGUUUUGUCGCUGCCACUUCCUGUCAUUAAAGACCGAGGUAACACAAAGACAGACAAAGAGGAAGAGCAACACAGCUCCGGGGAGGAAGAUGAUAACUGGUGUCCUCCCCUCCCGGCCAGAACCUACCUGAUGGACACUUCAAGGGAGGAACUCUCCAGCCUGCCCUCCAAACCAGACAAGCUGUCCUACGCAGCCACACUCAUGUCGACCCCCCAGCAAGACACGCACAAGCCCAGCGACAGUCCACGGCUGCAGCACUUUGACCCGUUGGCCCGAAACCACUCGGGCUCCCAGGUUUCCCAGUCCAACCCGGAUCUGUUUACCAACACCAAGGCCCAGGUUGCCGAGGCGACCUACCACACCAGCCACUGGGCAGAACAUUUGAAGGGAGAAAGCCUUGGUAAAGGAAAAUCUUGUGCUCCGGCUGCCGAGUCCAGCCCUGCAGCCCAGGCACACAGAUCCAGGAGCAAGAAGAAAACACUCAAGGAUGGACAAGUCAGACGAGAGCUUCACAGCCAAGCUGAACUACCCCCCCGACCAGCCCCUCCCCCUACAGAUGAAUCCUUGCAGCUCUUGGCUGAUGUUUUGAGCCGCAGCCGAACAGACACUAAAAGAAAAGAGGGAAGUGACUCGCCAACUCUUCAGAGGAGGGCAGAACAUUUCUCACCCCAAAGGAGAGGAACCACAAUGUUAUCACAGGAUGAGAAUGUAAUCCCAUACGGACAGCCCAGCUUUCUGCCCCAGUUCCAGAUGUCAGGCUACGGGUCCCUGGGUGGAGGAGUCCUUUCACGACCCACCACCGCUGGCCGGAGGAGAGACGAGGUAUGUUUAGACUGA